UGGUUAUUUCAAAUCAAAAGAGCAAGGAUUCACUAUUUUUCAGUUUUCACACUACUUGCGCUUCUUUGCCAUUAAGGUUGGUCGAAGAUUCUAGAAGGUCUUUAAAGUUUCUACUGCCAUCUCAACUCUUCAUCCUCUUCCUUCUACCCUAACACCGAACUUGAACUCGACUUCACUGAAUCUCAGACGGAGACGCAGAGGCAGGGGCAGAAAGGGUAAAUCAAUAAACUGAAUUGAAGAUGGGAAGGCCAAGGUGCUUUUUGGACAUUAGCAUUGGAGACGAAUUAGAAGGAAGAAUAGUGAUUGAACUCUUCGAUGACGUGGUUCCCAAAACCGCUGAGAAUUUUAGGGCUCUCUGCAUUGGCAACAAAGGCAUUGCUCCUAACACUCAUGUGCCCCUUCAUUUCAAGGGUUCUCGCUUUCACCGUGUUAUUAAGGGCUUUAUGAUCCAAGGAGGUGAUAUAUCUGCUGGAGAUGGUACUGGAGGAGAGUCGAUUUAUGGACUGAAGUUUGAAGAUGAAAAUUUUGAGUUGAAGCAUGAAAGGAAAGGGAUGUUAUCCAUGGCGAAUUGUGGUCCCAAUACAAAUGGGUCUCAAUUUUUUAUUACAACUACCCGAACUCCUCAUCUAGACGGCAAACAUGUUGUAUUUGGGAAGGUAGUCAAAGGAAUGGGAGUAGUCCGCUCAGUUGAGCAUGUGACAACUGGAGAUAAUGAUUGUCCUACACUUGAUGUUAAAAUCGUGGAUUGUGGAGAAAUUCCUGAAGGAGAAGAUGAUGGAAUACUUGACUUUUUCAAGGAUGGUGAUACUUUCCCUGAUUGGCCAGCAGACCUUGACGAGAGACCUGAUGAGCUUCAGUGGUGGAUGAAUGCUGUAGACUCUAUUAAAACUUUUGGAAAUGGGUAUUACAAGAAACAAGACUAUAAAAUGGCUCAAAGAAAGUAUCGCAAGGCUUUGCGCUACUUGGAUGUUUGUUGGGAGAAAGAAGGGAUUGAUGGAGAGAAAAGCAUAGCCUUGAGGAAAACUAAGUCUCAAAUUUUUACAAACAGUUCUGCCUGUAAAUUAAAAUUAGGAGAUCUUAAAGGAGCAUUAUUCGAUGCUGAGUUUGCACUGCGUGAAGAGGACAACAAUGUCAAAGCAUUAUUCCGGCAAGGACAGGCACAUAUGGCACUCCAUGACAUAGAUGCUGCAGUUGAAAGCUUUAAAAAUGCACUGGUCUUAGAGCCAAAUGAUGCUGGGAUUAAGAAGGAACUUGCUGCUGCCAGGAAGAAGGUUGCUGAUAGGCGUGACCAGGAGAAAAAGGCAUAUAGUAAGAUGUUUCAAUAAGCAUUUCCCGUAGGCUAAGCAAGGCUCAUCUUCAAGGAUGGAAAGCUGCAUGGAAUGCAAAAGAUACUAUCUUGAUCCCAUCGUUAUUAGAAGUACCAGAAAUUAAACUGAGGACUAACAAGUGGAUUAUGGAUUGUUACUAUUCUUAGAUGAAAUUUUCUGCUAACAAUUUUGCCUUGGUGAUUCUAUUUUUUGAAAAGCUUUCAAGCUUUACGGGUCAUCAAAAUUCCCAAGUUUGGUUUUUGUACA